CCUGCCGCCGCCAUUUUGUCGGAGGAGGAGGGAGCGGCGGCAUCUGCGGCGGGAUCCGCGGCGCGCCGGAGGCCUGGAGUGCCUGGCGAAGAAUGUGAUGGGAUCUUUAGAAUGUCUGCGGAGAGCGGCCCUGGGACGAGAUUGAGAAAUCUGCCAGUAAUGGGGGAUGGACUAGAAACCUCCCAAAUGUCUACAACGCAGGCCCAGGCCCAACCCCAGCCAGCCAAUGCAGCCAGCACCAAUCCCCCACCUCCAGAGACCUCCAACCCCAAUAAGCCCAAGAGGCAGACUAACCAACUGCAAUAUCUGCUCAGAGUGGUGCUCAAGACACUAUGGAAACACCAGUUUGCAUGGCCUUUCCAGCAGCCUGUGGACGCUGUCAAGCUGAACCUCCCUGAUUACUAUAAGAUCAUAAAGACGCCUAUGGAUAUGGGAACAAUAAAAAAGCGCUUGGAGAACAACUAUUACUGGAACGCUCAGGAAUGUAUCCAGGACUUCAACACUAUGUUUACAAACUGUUACAUCUACAACAAGCCUGGAGACGACAUCGUGUUAAUGGCAGAAGCUCUGGAGAAGCUCUUCUUGCAAAAAAUCAACGAACUGCCGACAGAAGAGACUGAGAUCAUGAUCGUCCAGGCGAAAGGUCGAGGACGGGGGAGGAAGGAAGCAGGGACUGCCAAGCCUGGUGUUUCCACGGUACCCAGCACAACUCAAGCAUCAACUCCUCCGCAGACGCAGACCCCUCAGCAGAACCCUCCACCUGUGCAGGCCACGCCUCACCCCUUCCCCGCCGUCACCCCCGACCUCAUCGUCCAGACCCCUGUCAUGACAGUGGUGCCGCCCCAGCCACUACAGACGCCGCCACCAGCGCCCCCCCAGCCACCCCUCCCGCCGGUUCCAGCUCCGCAGCCUGUGCAGAGCCACCCGCCCAUCAUUGCAGCCACCCCGCAGCCCGUGAAGACAAAGAAAGGAGUGAAAAGGAAAGCAGACACCACCACCCCCACCACAAUCGACCCCAUUCACGAGCCGCCCUCACUGGCCCCAGAGCCCAAGACCACCAAGCUGGGUCCCCGGCGGGAGAGCAGCCGGCCUGUGAAGCCCCCCAAGAAGGACGUGCCCGACUCUCAGCAGCACCCGAACCCGGCUCCAGAGAAGGGCAGCAAGGUCUCCGAGCAGCUUAAGUGCUGCAGCGGCAUCCUCAAGGAGAUGUUCGCCAAGAAGCACGCCGCCUACGCCUGGCCCUUCUACAAGCCUGUGGACGUGGAGGCUCUGGGCCUGCACGACUACUGCGACAUCAUCAAGCACCCCAUGGACAUGAGCACCAUCAAGUCUAAACUAGAGUCCCGUGAGUACCGAGAUGCUCAGGAAUUUGGUGCCGAUGUGCGAUUGAUGUUCUCCAACUGCUACAAGUACAACCCCCCUGACCACGAGGUGGUAGCCAUGGCUCGGAAGCUGCAGGACGUGUUUGAAAUGCGCUUUGCCAAGAUGCCGGAUGAGCCUGAGGAGCCGGUGGUGGCCGUGUCUUCUCCUGCAGUGCCACCCCCUACCAAGGUGGUGGCCCCACCCUCGUCCAGCGACAGCAGUAGUGACAGCUCCUCGGACAGCGACAGCUCCACCGACGACUCUGAGGAAGAGCGAGCCCAGCGGCUGGCUGAGCUCCAGGAGCAGCUCAAAGCCGUGCAUGAGCAGCUUGCAGCCCUGUCGCAGCCCCAGCAGAACAAACCAAAGAAAAAGGAGAAAGAUAAGAAGGAAAAGAAGAAGGAGAAGCACAAAAAGAAAGAGGAGGCAGAGGAGAACAAGAAGAACAAAGCCAAGGAACUUCCUCCCAAAAAGACAAAGAAAAACAGCAGCAGCAACAGCAAUGUGAGCAAGAAGGAGGCAGCACCCUUGAAGAGCAAGCCCCCUCCUGCCUAUGAGUCGGAGGAGGAGGACAAAUGCAAGCCCAUGUCCUACGAGGAGAAGCGGCAGCUGAGCCUGGACAUCAACAAGCUCCCUGGUGAGAAGCUGGGCCGCGUGGUGCACAUCAUCCAGUCCAGGGAGCCCUCGCUCAAGAACUCCAACCCUGAUGAGAUUGAGAUUGACUUUGAGACCCUGAAGCCGUCCACGCUCCGGGAGCUGGAGCGCUAUGUCACCUCCUGUUUGCGGAAGAAAAGGAAGCCUCAAGCUGAAAAGACCGAUGUGAUUGCUGGCUCCUCCAAGAUGAAGGGCUUCUCAUCCUCCGACUCGGAGAGCACCAGCGAGUCCAGCUCCUCUGACAGCGAAGACUCCGAAACAGAGAUGGCUCCAAAGGCAAAGAAGAAGGGGCACCCUGGGAGGGACCAAAAAAAGCACCAUCACCACCACCAUCCGCAGAUGCAGCCAGCCCCGACUCCAGUGCCCCAGCAGCCACCUCCACCUCCCCAACAGCCUCCACCGCCCCCACCGCCGCAGCAGCAGCAGCAGCAGCAGCCCCCGGCCCCUCCAGCACCGCCCUCCAUGCCACCGCAGACUGCCCCAGCGAUGAAGUCUUCUCCCCCGGCCUUCAUCACCGCCCAGGUGCCUGUCCUGGAGCCUCAGCUGCCAGGCAGUGUCUUCGACCCCAUCGGCCACUUCACCCAGCCCAUCCUGCACCUGCCGCAGCCUGAGCUGCCCCCUCACCUGCCCCAGCCGCCUGAGCACAGCACUCCGCCCCAUCUCAACCAGCACGCCGUGGUCUCUCCUCCAGCCCUGCACAACGCCCUGCCCCAGCAGCCUUCGCGGCCCAGCAACCGAGCCGCUGCCCUUCCCCCGAAGCCGGCCCGUCCCCCAGCCGUGUCCCCUGCCCUAGCCCAGCCACCCCUGCUCCCACAGCCCCCCAUGGCUCAGCCCCCCCAGGUGCUGCUGGAGGAUGAAGAGCCACCUACCCCGCCCCUCACGUCCAUGCAGAUGCAGCUGUACCUGCAGCAGCUGCAGAAGGCGCAGCCCCCCACGCCGCUCCUCCCUUCCGUGAAGGUGCAGCCCCCGCCCCCGCCGCCACCCCACCCUCCUGCGCAGCCGCCGUUGCAGCCACCACCGCCACCGCCUCCCCAAGCCCAGCCCCCACCACGGCCCGUGCACUUACAGUACAUCCAGCAGCCACCACCAGCCCCGGGACAGCAGCCCUCCCAUCCCGCCCCGGGACAGCAGCCCCCUCCACCCCAGCCUGCCAAGCCUCAGCAAGUCAUCCAGCAUCACCCUUCUCCCCGACACCACAAGUCAGACCCCUACGCAGCCGGUCACCUUCGUGAAGCCCCCUCCCCGCUUAUGAUACAUUCCCCCCAGAUGCCACAGUUCCAGAGCCUGACUCAUCAGUCUCCACCCCAGCAAAAUGUCCAGCCUAAGAAGCAGGAGCUGCGUCCGCCCUCGGUGGUCCAGCCGCAGCCCCUGGUGGUGGUGAAGGAGGAGAAGAUUCACUCGCCCAUCGUCCGCAGUGAGCCCUUCAGCCCCUCGCUGCGGCCAGAGCCCCCCAAGCACCCUGAGAGCAUCAAGGCCCCGAUCCAUCUGGCCCAGCGGCCUGAGAUGAAGCCCGUUGAUGUCGGGAGGCCUGUGAUCCGGCCGCCUGAGCAGAGUGCGCCCCCGCCGGGAGCCCCCGACAAGGACAAGCAGAAACAGGAGCCCAAAACGCCAGUAGCACCAAAAAAGGACCUGAAAAUCAAGAACAUGGGCUCCUGGGCCAGCCUGGUGCAGAAGCAUCCCACCACCCCGUCCUCCACAGCCAAGUCAUCAAGCGACAGCUUUGAGCAGUUCCGCCGCGCCGCUCGCGAGAAGGAGGAGCGGGAGAAAGCCCUGAAGGCCCAGGCCGAGCACGCUGAGAAGGAGAAAGAACGGCUGCGGCAGGAGCGCAUGAGGAGCCGAGAGGAUGAGGACGCACUGGAACAGGCACGGCGCGCCCACGAGGAGGCACGGCGGCGCCAGGAGCAGCAGCAGCAGAGGCAGGAGCAGCAGCAGCAGCAGCAGCAGCAGCAGGCCGCCGCUGUGGCCGCAGCCGCCGCCCCCCAGGCACAGAGCUCCCAGCCCCAGUCCAUGUUGGACCAGCAGAGGGAGUUGGCCCGGAAGCGGGAGCAAGAGCGGAGGCGCCGGGAGGCAAUGGCAGCUACAAUUGACAUGAAUUUCCAGAGUGAUCUUCUGUCAAUAUUUGAAGAAAAUCUUUUCUGAGAGCACCUAGGUGACUUCUGGCUUUGAUUUUCUGGCAAAGCGUUGACUCGGUAGUGUUAGGGCUGCAGUGAGGUGGGAGCCGCGGCCAGCUCUCUGCUCCUGGCUCUCCUGCAUGCUAUGCCCGGGGCAGGCCUGACGGGCAACGGAGGACCGCAGAGCCCAUCUGCCUUAUAGCCAGCCGGACCGACGUCCCUCCCCACCACGCUCUCGCAGGACGUCAGCUCAGAGCACGCCGCGAUAAGAGCAGGUGCCGGCCGGACCCAAGGCCUGUGUCCCUGCGUGUGAGGCAGAGACCCUCCUCUGCGCCAAAUGUCUACACAGUAUACACAGGACGUGGCUGCCGCCGCCGCCGUGACUGGUUCUGUCCUGAGAACGUGACGUUCCUGCCCUGCUCGUUGGGAGUCUUUCCCCACACCCCAGCCCAGGAGACCAGGGCCAGCCGGCGUGAGCUGGAGCAGCAGGGCACCGGCCCACCCCUUUUCCGGCACUGACUUUGCCUUGAACAGACCCCUCUCCUCCCCCACAAGCCUUUAAUUGAGAGCUGCUCUCUAUAAGUGUUCGCUUGUGCAAAAGGGAAUAGUGCCAUGGAAGUGUGUGUGUGUCCGUGGCAAUUCGGAUUAAGGCGACUGUCCACGUGUGGGCAGGCCUCAACUGGGGAGUAAGGCCACCAACCAAAGUCAGUUCCUUCCCGCCUGUGUUUCUGGGGUUUUUUGUUGUUCUCGUUGUUCGUUUGUUUUGUUUUGUUUUGGGGGUUAUGUUUGUUUAGUUUUUUCCCCUAUAUAUAUAUAAAUAUAUAUAUAUUUUUGUUGUUGUUGUUGAAAUUCUAUUUUAUUUUUGAUUCUCUCUUUUCCUCCAGACACAAUGGCACUGCUUAUCUCCAAAAUGGUGUGAUCGUCUCAUUGAGCAGCGGCUCCCACCGAUGCCGUGGGUAGUGUGUGACCGUGGCUGUACUGUAUAGUGAACAUAGUUGGCAUAUCUUUCUUUGAAGUUUGUUGGUGUUUAAAAAAAAAACCCACAAAACUUAAUCCACAAAACACACACAAAAAGAAAACAUACACACACACACAAAAAAAAAAAAAAACCUGCCUAUAUGCAGUUACAAACUUUAUUAGUCUAUUUUUUAAUUAUAAAUCCAGAAAGAUGCAAUAUCUUUCCCUCCUUCCCCCUUAUUUGUUGGCCUUUGUUUUUUAAUGUCAAUCCGUUUGUUUUUACAUGAAAGGAAGAGCUUGGGGAUGAGGUGGGUGCCAGGCACUGGGGAGGGGCCAAACAGAGCCUCCCCCGCGCCCCUCCCCACACACACACGGCACCUGGUCUAACCAGCCAGCUGCUCCUUCCUUUCCAUCCUUUUUUUUUUUUUUUUUUUUUUUUGAGUUCAUCAUGGGGCCCUUGGUGAGGUUAUACGUGCCAUGAGAACCCAUUCUACACCACAAUGCUGGUGCCUCAGUGUUGGCCAAACUCUGGAGUCACUGACUGGUUUGACUUUCAUACGGUGAAUAUGCAUUUGGUCUGUACUGAUCAUGGAAUAAACACAUCUCUCUUUUUUUAA